AUGUCACGUUUAUCGAUUUACAACUUCCCAUCUAAACACCUAGCAAUGAACAGAUUCGACAGACAAUUGCGAUUGUGGGGGACGCAUGGGCAACAAAGAGUUGAGGCAGGACGCGUGUGUGUAGUGGGAUCAUCUGCACUGUCUACAGAAAUUUUGAAGAAUUUGAUGUUGCCGGGAGUAAGAGAUUUAACGUUAAUAGGUCUGAAAUCUGAAAGCUACAUUCAAGAUCAAUUUUGGGACUUUGCCUCGUGGAACAUCGUCCAGAUGGAUUGGGAUGCUAAUCGCAUGAAAUGUAGCAAAUUUUGGGAGUGCUACGCACUUGUAAUUAUCACCACGGGAAAUGCUGAGGUAAGGGACAUCCUGCGACGAGUGCGUAUGCCUCCCACGCUUCUAUGUCGUGUUUCCAAAUUCCACGGCUUCCUAACGUUUGUUUCGUCGGAGCCACAUUUUGUCAUAGAGGCUCAUCGGCAACAUCAGACGGCUGAUCUUCGCCUCGACCGUCCGCGGGAUCAACUAUCGAGCUUCUACUGCAAUCUGCCGCGCGAUCCGCUGUCAUUUUCUGAGUGGCCAUUUGCCGCCGUGCUAUACCAAGCUCGUAAGUUGGCUUUACAGGAAAAAGCGUCUCUAAAACCCUUGAAUCGUGAGGUACUGCGUCACCAUAUUAGCUUAAUGCAGGAUGAAUUGUCAAAAAAUGGCCAAAGUCCGAAUCUUUCAGAAGCCUACCGAUUCGCAUAUCUCGCAUUGCAAAACUCACAACACAUACCAGAAAACGUACGGGAGUGUCUUCUACUUAAAGAUAAGCCUUGUACAUUGCCAUAUAACCAGAAUUUCCAGAAUUUAUUACGAGCGUUAUGCAAGUAUAUGUCGCUUCCUCAUAGCGACGGUCAACUUCCUGUUUCUGGAGCUAUUCCAGAUAUGGAAUCCAGCUCCAAGAUUUAUAAUGCCCUACGCCGGACUUAUAUGGAAGUUGCUGCAACCGACGCUUCGAUCUUUGGCAGUUUGAUUCUUCCAAUAGCACCACAAUUCCCUCUUGAUCAAAUCAACCUUUUUUGCAAAAACUCUCGACAUAUUAGGGUUGUUAGUCCGGUGAAGAAUAUCUCGACCCUUUAUGACUUCCAGGGGCCGAAAAGUAAUGACACUCCUCCCGUUUUGGUGUUCAGGAGUUUGCUAGAUAUGCCAAACGAUGAAACGCUUGAUAAAGAACACAGGUGGAAAUACUAUCCAGUCAUUUCAGCGAUGGCUGGCUUUGUGGCUCAGGAAACUACAAAAAUUCUUACUCAUCAAUUCGUUCCAAUAGAUAAUACUAUGGUUUACAAUGGCAUGUCUAAUGAGGUAAGUGUAUUCAGAAUAUGA